AUGUCUACCCAAAGGUCAGACAGGACAAAUAAAUGGUAUAGGAGUGUAAAUUCAUCUCGAUACUCGUCUAUCGCUGAGGUUUCGUCAAGCAAGAAGCAUCAAGUGUAUGAUACGGUCAAUGUCGGUCUCGAUGUGGUGGCGAAUGUAACCGAGGGUUCAGAUAUACUUGCUCCUCUCAAAGCAGCUUGUAAAACUGCGAAGUCGGUCCUCGAAAUUAUGCGGACGAUAGAGAGCAAUCAGGAGGAAUGGACAGACCUGACGCGACGUUUGGAAGAAUACAUUAUCGCACUCGAGGAACAGAUCGCCUUAAUCGAAAAAUACCCGCCAGAGGACAGGGCCAUCCAUGAGGCCAUCAAGCGACCGCUCACCCACUACAUCGAGCUCCUGAAAGGGAUGCAACAAACAGUAGAUAAUCUGCAGGAGAAACGUAGCCGCAGGAAAUUCGGCCUGUUUAAAUCAAUGUCUAAAGUGAGGACUGAUGCAGAGGAGAUCCGUAGAUUCAAUCGGGAUAUUGAGGACCGACAUAGACAGUUGAUUAGCGCACUGACUCUUUUCAUCGCGUUACGCAUUCAGGCGAUGGAAGAGACUUCCAAAGCCAGUAUGGAAAAAAUCAAGGCGGAAGCCGACGCCGCUGCAAUACUUCAGUUGCCAAUUGUAGACUUCGCCGCAUCCUCAGUUCAUAGUCCUUGCAUGGAAGGAACGCGGGAGACCGUUCUGGAAAUGAUCCGGCACUGGGCCCUGGAUGAGCGGUCGGACAAGCCAAUAUUUUGGCUUUGUGACAUCGCUGGCUCUGGUAAAUCCACCGUCGCAAUCUCCGCGUUAGAAGCAUGGCAGAGGGAAGGAGCGCUAGGCGGCCGAUUCUUCUUCUCCAUAGCCAGUAGCGAGGGAUCCACGACCGACAAAUUCUGCUCGACCAUUGCAAGAAACCUUGCACAUUACAUUCCCCAGCUUACGCAGCAUAUCGCUGAUGCCAUCAAGCGCAAUCCGUCUUUCAUGCAAAACUCUCUUGGAGAGCAGUUUCAGAUGCUCGUCACUGGUCCUCUCCUUCAUUGGCAGCAGCGUGUGAUCCUCGUCAUCGACGCUGUUGACGAAUGUAAAUCUGGAUCGCAGCGGAAACAGCUUCUCGAAACACUUUGCACAGCUGCUCGAGAGUGCAAGAUCCUGAAGAUAUUCAUGACAAGUCGACCGGAUCCUGUCAUUCAAUCGACCUUGGGGUCCCUCUCAAUCAAGGCGAAAUUGGAGGACCGUCUCCACGAUGUCAGCCAUUCAGAUAACGUUGAUGACAUCGCCACCUAUAUAAAUCGAUCGUUAGACGGAGUUCUACCUCCUGACAGAAGGCAGCGGCUGGUCGAAAAGGCCAGAGGACUGUUCAUCUGGGCGAGUACUGCGUGCCGAAUGCUGAACAGCGAAGCUACCUGGGACACCCCCGAGAAUACCUAUGAUUGCCUAAUCUCAGUGGACAAGGCGGGAGAUAUAGACGACGUAUAUAGCCUGAUCUUCGAGCGGAUAGACCCAAAGGCUCAAGAACCUAUGUGUAAAGUGGUUGCUCUCCUCCUCGCGGCAUUCGACCCGCUCACUGCCAAUGAGCUGCAGGACAUUCUCACGCAUGUCAAAGUGCGUGGAAGUGUCAAGGCGUUGGUACAGAAUCUGGGAAGCGUAUUGAGUAUGGACCCAAAUACAAAAUUAAUCCAAUUUCGGCAUCCCACCUUUGUCGAAUACCUUCGGCGAUGCUCCAUGGCCCCAGCUAUCAAUAGAGUCUCUAUCAAACUCGGACGCGCAUGGGCAAGCAGCAUCUUGGUGUCUUAA